AUGGAAGCGAAAAACCAAGAGAGCCAAAACGUAGUGGAGGCGCAACCAUUCUCACCGGAGAGCCAAGAUCUUUUCGGAAGCUACGAGAUGCCACAACCCAGCCAUGGAGGGGGUGAAACCAGCCACCAGGAAGUACAACCAGGUGCAGCACCAGGUGAAUUAAACCGAAGCCUGGGAGAACCCAUAACAACUAUGCAACCUCAAACCACCAGCGGACCUGGAGAAAUACUACGAUUAACUAAUAUGAUAGAGAUGAUUAUCCAACAGUUAGGAGAAGGACAACGAAAAAUGAAUGAAGGGCAACAGAAAAUGGAAAUGAAAGUGGAUGCAGGACAACGAAAAAUGGGUGAAGGGCAACAGAAAAUAGAAGGAGCCCUACAAGCAACCAAAAGAGACCUACAACAACAAAUAGGAGAAGGACAACACAGAAUGGAAGCGAUACGGCAGGAACUAAGGUCUACACAAGCUCAAUGGGAGAAAAAAAUUCAAACCGACUACAACCAGCUCAGAGAAGAAACCCAGGUGGGAAUCAAAGAAAAUAAAUUGGAGAUUCAAGCGACGAGAGCUGAAAUGGAAUACAGCCAGAAGAAAGCCUAUGAGAAGUGGGAUGAGAAGCUGGAAAUGCACACGACUAGAACAACAAGCAAGUUUGAAGAACAAGAGGAAAUAAUUCAAGACAUUCAGGCCAAACAUGGGAAUUUCAAGGAGCGAGUCAAGGAUGCAAUUGUGGAAAUUGAAGGAAGUAUGAAGAAAAACGAAGAGCGAAUUGACCAUCAGGAUGAAGAAAUAGGAAUCAUCAAGGCGAAUUUAGAAGCUCGACCAGCCAAGGAAACCAAUUCCCAUCCAGCAAUUAUUUACAAGGCGGAUCAUUUACUUCACCAGAAGCCUAAGAAAUUUGACGGCAACAUUUGGACUAUCCAUCCAGUCAGCUUUUUGGAAGGACUGGAAAAUUAUUUAAGACAUUUCGAUAAAAAAGAUGAAACCAAGUUAUCAUAUGCCAAGGAAAUGGUGGAAGGGAAUGCCAAAGCAUGGGCUGAUUUGAAUCGUAACAACUGGAAGACUUGGGAGGAAUUUAAGGACGCUUUUAUCAAGAACUACUGGUCUGAAGAGGUACAAGGCAAAAUACGACUUCAAAUAGCUACACCCAGACUAUAUCAAGCGAAAUUUGGAAAGUACACCGACCAUGUUUGGUUUUGGGUAAAUAAGACCAACCACCUGCAACCUCCAAUGAGAGAAUCCCAGCUUGUCGACGCUUUAUCCCGACAUUUUCCAAGAGAGGUGGAGCACAUCCUCAUAGGAUCAGCAGUGAACACCGUCAAACAACUUAUCAACACUCUUGAACGAAUCCAAACCUCAAAUCAAGAAACCAGGCCAAGAUAUAAUGGACCAAAUAGAAGUCAAGAGAACACCAGAGAGGAGCCAGAGAGGCAAGAGCAGAGAAGACAAGAGAGCAGAGGCUCCCCAGCCGGAAAACUACCAGAGCAGGGACCAGGAGCUCCACUAGUCCCUCAGACAUCACGAAGAUCUCUGGAGCAAACAAGUUUAUUAACCAGCGUUCACAAUUAUUUCCAACGAUUACGACAAAAACCUACUAACACAACAAAUGAAAAACAAAUUCAAGAUAAUAAAAUCACAUCAAUAGGAACAAUCAAACAUCAAGAAAGAAAUUAUGAAGAGGAAAAAUUAAACAACUUUAUUGAAGAUUUUAAACAAAUUCAACCAGAAGAAGAGGAUGAAGAAAAUAUUUUGAACAACAAUGAACAACAAAAUUUGAGCGACGAUGAAAAGGAAGAGGAACCGAUACUAAUGAAUCAAAUUAAAGAAAAUUAUCAAGAUGAUGAAGAUUUUUUGAGCGAUCAAGAAGAAGAAGCAGAGAUUAUUGAUGAUGGACAACCAAUUAUAAUAGGAAAGCUGGAGGGGGUGGAACAACAGUUAUUAUUGGACACCGGUAGUCAAGUCAGCGUGGUUUCCGAAGAAGUUUUUGAAUUUAUACAAAGAAAAAAUCCAAGAGUUAUCACAUUACCAGUUAGUGGAAUCACGAUUCAAGGAAUUACUGGGAAAAUAGUAAAGGUUGUCAACCAAGCCCUACUCACCUUACAGAUUCAAGACAGUACAUAUGAACAGAAAUUUUUGGUUGUGAAGAAAUUAGAAACAACAGCAAUAUUAGGCACCGAUUGGAUGAGAGACAAGAAAGCCAAGAUUGAUAUGGACAGAGAUGAAGUUUAUUUUCAAGACAAUGAUGUCGAUUACUACAUUCGGUUUCAAGGAAGAAGUUUGAAAAUUAGAACAGCAAAUCUUCAAGUAAAUCAGCCUACGGGAAGUAGAGAAGAGAAUGAAGCCAUCGAAGAAUUGAUUAGUCAAUAUGAAGAUAUUUUUUCAACCAAGCCAGGAUUAGUCAAGACGAAAAAGAACCAACCAGCAAUUACCAUCGGAAAAGUGAAGAAAAAGAAAGAAGAUAAGAAAUUGAAAAAUAUACUCAAGAAUAUCAAGACUGAACAAGAUGAAGACGAGAAGUGUAGUUGGAUCAAGAAAGAAAUUGAAGAAAACAAGCAUGGAAGAGCUGAAAAAUUGAAAGAAAAAUUUAUUUUACAUCAAGAAGUUCUAUUUCGGAAAAGCAAACGAGCUCAAGAGUGGUGGGUGAUUUUCCUACCUUAUAUUCGACACAGAGAAAUUAUUGAACUUUAUCAUCAGCGAAUGGGACAUUUUGGAACUUCGAAAGUCUCUGCCGAGAUUUCAGAAAAUUGGUAUAUUCCCGAUUUGGAGAAGAAAGUUAAACAAUUAUUAGCAGCAUGUGAUUUAUGUCAGAAAACCAAGAUUAGAAAUCAGAAGCAGGAAGGAUUAAUGAAGAAUGUUAUAGCUGAGAACCCAUUGGAUAUAGUUUCAGUAGAUAUUUUCGGUCCACUACCAAGAAGUAAAGGUGGAGUUGAGUAUAUUUUCGUAGCCCUGGAUUUAUUUACAAAAUAUGUGAAGUUAUACCCUAUGAAGAAAGUAAAUACAAGGAUGAUUUUGAAGAAGAUGAUGGAAGACUUUAUACCAAAUGUAGGAAAACCAAAAAUGAUUUUAUCUGACCACGGAAGUCAGUUCACAGCGAAGAAAUGGGCUGAAGAAUUUAGUAACAGGGAAAUAGAAGUAAAGAUGACCUCGGUUUAUCAUCCCCAGUCAAAUCCUGUUGAAAGGGUUAUGAGAGAAUUAGGAAGAAUGUUUCGAACUUAUUGUCAUGAGAAUCAUGGAAAUUGGGCCAGUUGGGUGAAGCAAAUUGAGCUUUGGAUUAAUGCAUCUAUACAUGAUAGUACAGGUUUCUCACCGAUAGAAUUAUUAAAGAAGAAAGAAACCGAUCAGUUAGUAGAAAGUUUAAUUCAGUUUCCCAUGAGAACGGAUUUGGGAAAGGAUAUCAAGAUAAGAUUGGCAAGAGAGAAGCUCAAGAGCAAGGCCGAAAAAAGAAAAGAUAAGCAUGACAAGAAAGUGAAUAAACCUGUGAAGUAUAAACCGGGAGAUCUGGUACUUUUAAGAACACAUUACCAAUCAAGUGCUGUGAACAAAGAAAUAAGAAAAUUUUUCCUACUUUAUGAAGGACCGUUUGAAGUGGUUGAAGAAACAGAAGUUAACGCUUAUAGGUUGAAGAAUCCAGACACAGGUAUGAAUAGGGGUGUUCAUAACGUAGUUAAUUUGAAAAGGUAUAUAAAAAUUCCCCCGGAACCUCAGUUAGUGCAGGUAGUCCAAAACAUAGAUAUAGGCUAGAAGUUUUGUUAGAGUUUUUAAUGGUUUUGUG